AUGAUUAGGCUUGAUCUAUCUCACAAUGACGCCUUCAUCAUCAACAUCCAAAUUGCGCAAGUCGUGAUCGACCGAAUUCACGUGGACGAGUGCAGCACACCAAUAUCAUGCAAUUUUCGAUUGUCCAGCAAAUGGGCUGUUGGUCCAUCGCAAAUCUCGCGGCUUGGUGCUCCGGGCCGAGGGGAUGUGCGUCAACACGUGACGUCCUCCUUUUGGAUGCGGUGCGGUUGUGCGGGGGCGUGCCAGCACGGUCUACCGUGCGUCGAGAUGAUGAUGAGGUUCGGGUAG